GCGCUGCGUCGUGACGCAACAGGGCCCGUAGAUAAGGAGCGGAGGGUUCUACCGGGACCUUAAACGGAGGACCGGCGGGUUUGGGGGGUUCAGCGGACAGUCAGUGAGCGUAAAGCCAGCUCCUCCUCCUCCUCCUCCUCCUCCUCUUCCUCCUCCUCCUCUGCUGCCGUUACGCACACGCAUCUUCAGGCAUGAGCCCAAACAAGAACUAAACAGGCUGUACAACGGAAAGUGCUGCCCACAGAUCACCGACGGGACUUUAUCACGCAGAGGCCACGUGUUUUUUUUUGUGUUUUUUUUUUCAAUUAGUAGUGGUUCUUUUUAUUUUUGUCUGUGACUGGGGCAAGUAGUUUCCAUCAGCUGCUGUGAGAAUCAACUUGGACUGUUGAUCCCGCAGGAGGAGAAUCGUUCCUCCCAACCUUUUUUCUUAAUUGUUGUAUUUUUUUGUGUUAUCCUGUAUAAACUGCUGCCCAGAGUCACACAGAACAACCCGGAUGGUUGUGCCAGUUCCCCUCCACAGAGCCGACAUCCGAAAACAUUCCUCCCAUCAAGGAGGAGGCUGAGAGCCGUGGAACGGGAGCUUCCGUACUUGGUAUGUUUACUCCCAACAAAUGGAUCAGAAAAUAUAGAAGAAGCAGUUUGCGAAACCAAAAAUAAUUUUAAAAAAUCUUCCUGAGAGAAAAUUGAUUUUUCUUUUUUUUUUUUUAUGAAAGACUCGGAAUCCACGCGGCUGUUACUGAAUUAGUCAGAGCUUAUUAAUAAUGAGAACUGCAGAGAUUCGGAUGAUGGUUGCCAUUGGCAGAUGAUACGUAGUGUGGAGAACACGUGUCCAAUUUUUCCUUCUUUUUUUUUUCUUUUAUUUUCUUUCCUUUUUUUUUUUUUUUUUUUAAUCCCUGAACUGGAUUUCUUACUUGUCAUCGGCAGCGAGGAAAAGCCCGAAAACUGAGCGUCGCCACUGCGUUCCGGCGCAGGCUCUGCGCCUCUGAUGGACAUCUUGGCUUGCAGAUCCGAAGAGAACAGUUACAACAUCCUCCCCUCUGCGGCAACGAUGCUUUUCCAUGGCCUCCCCGGGGGCGAUGUGCACGGUGUGGUGGAGGAAAUGGAGCGGAGAGGAAAGGGCGAGUCGGCGGCCAUCAGCUCGGCCAUCGAUAUGGGCGAGUCAGAGACGGCCAUGCCCUGCGUGACCAGCGAGCGCGUGGCUCUGUGCGCGGGCUGCGGCAGGAAGAUCGCGGAUCGCUACUACCUGCUGGCCGUGGACAAGCAGUGGCACAUGCGCUGCCUCAAGUGCUGCGAGUGUAAACUCAACCUGGAGUCCGAGCUCACCUGCUUCAGCAAGGACGGCAGCAUCUACUGCAAGGAGGACUACUACAGAUUUUCAGUGCAGAGGUGCGCGCGCUGCCACCUGGGCAUCUCUGCCUCGGAGAUGGUGAUGCGCGCGCGGGACCUGGUCUACCACCUGAACUGCUUCACGUGCACCACGUGCAGCAAGAUGCUGACCACCGGGGACCACUUCGGCAUGAAGGACAGCCUGGUGUACUGCCGCCUGCACUUUGAGACUCUCAUUCAGGGAGAAUACCAGACUCACUUUAACCACGCGGACGUUGUGGCGCACAAGGGCCUGGGCCCGGCCAACGCGCUGGGACUAUCCUACUUUAACGGCGUGGGCACGGUGCAGAAGGGCCGGCCCAGGAAGAGGAAGAGCCCGGGGCCUGGGGCCGAGCUGGCUGCAUACAACGCGGCUCUGAGCUGUAAUGAGAAUGACGGCGAGUCCAUAGACCGGGACUCUCAGUACAGCUCCAGUCAGAAGACCAAGCGGAUGCGAACGUCCUUUAAGCAUCACCAGCUGCGAACCAUGAAGUCCUACUUUGCCAUUAACCACAACCCGGACGCCAAGGACCUAAAGCAGCUUGCCCAGAAGACGGGCCUCACCAAGCGGGUCUUACAGGUCUGGUUCCAAAAUGCUCGGGCCAAGUUCAGGAGGAACCUGCUGCGGCAGGAGAGCACCGGGGUGGACAAGGCAUCCGACGGUUCCACGCUGCAGGGUGGGACGCCCUCAGGCCCGGCCUCGGAGAUCUCCAACGCCUCCAUGAGCCCCUCCAGCACCCCCACCACCCUCACAGACUUGACCAACCCCACCAUGCCUACUGUCACUUCUGUACUCACGUCGGUGCCGGGCGGUAUGGACGUCCACGAGUGCCGGAGCCCAUCACAGACAACACUGACCAGCCUCUUCUGAUGGUCAGAGCACUAGCCCCUCACCCCUCAUCAUCACCACCUCUCCCUGCUCACUCAAGACUUUUUCCACAUCCUUACCCUCCUUCUGGAUCUAAAAGUGAGCACUGUUAACACCUUAGAACUUUAAAAGAAUUAGAACCAUGAAGGAAACAAAAGGACUCCAUUAGAGACUAUCUACAUAGUGAGGCGGCUGGGCCUCACUGAUGGAAUGGUUGUUGUUAUUUUGAUGUUGUCUUGUUGAGAACUGAGGAGAACCGAUUAAAAUUUUUCAAUAUUCACAAAGAGAGACUGCUGAGAAGAAAUGUUUUCUUUUUUUGGGGAAUUUGUUUUUCAGGACAGUAUUUAUGUUGUAAAAGAAUCACUGUUAGAAGGACUGUAAAAGGUCUUUUUUUUUCAUUGUUUGGAAAUCUCAGAUUAAAAUACAGUUUAAAAUAUUCUAUGACUGCCAUGUGCCUUUAACUCCAAUCAGCUCCACUUUUGCUGACUGAAGUCAGUCGAACCUGACUGUCUCUA